UUAAAAUGGAGAUGCAAGCCCAGAACGAAAUUAGAGAACACAUUUACUCUUUCAGGUUCAUGAAUCCUGAUAAUGAGAAUAAUUGAUACAUCAAUUCGGUCCUCCAGCCGUUCCUCAGAAUUUUGUUUGAGGAGAAUAAAAGUGAAGUGCUGGAAAAUUUGAAUGAGACAAAGAAAGAGCCGAAUAGAGCUGUCAAAUGCCUCAAAGAGAUCAUUAAGAAAUCCCUCAAAGCUACAAAUGGUGAUACAAAGAUUAAAAUAAAGAACUUUAGGAAGGAACUCUCAAGAGAGUAUGACAAAUCAUUCGCCUACCAAGCGAUGGGAGAUCCAUUGAUGUUCUUGCACUAUCUCUUUACCAUAUCACCUUCAUUAAUAAAGGUAGAUCAAAAGGACUUUGACAGGAUAUGUGAUGACGCUAUUUUAUGAGAUACAAAUUUCUUCAAAAAGAGCCUGAACGUACGGCAAUAUGUGAUCGACCGACUUUUCAAGAUCGAGUUUAUUAAAUACUCGCAGGAAAAUCACGAUGAAAGCUGGAGGAGUCAUUCCAAGAAGUGGUUUACCAUUCCUAUGGGUACCCUCAUCCCUUGCAUGGAGAAAAUAUAUGCUGAAGGAAUUGAGAGUUUUCAUAACAAAGUAGAUGGAAAACUUGCCAAGCUUUAUAGUGCUUCACUAAGAAACAACGAAGAAAACCAUUAUAGUAUGUUCUUGAAGAUUUUAAGAAAUUCCAAGGACUCUGACAACCAUCGAGACGAAGCUAGGAUUCUGAACAAAAUACCAAAAUAUUUUACUUUCUUCUUUGAGUAUAAAAAUUAUUUCGAUAAUACAGACUGAGGAGCUGAAGGGUCUAUUCCUGAAGAGAAGUUUAAUUGCCGACCUCUUAUUUGCUCGUUGAUUCCUGAAAAAUUUAAACUUGACACUAUUUUUGAGUAUACAAAACACCAAGACAGCAUCCUUUCGUUAGGCUCAAGCAAUAAUAUGAGUAUGGGAAAGAACAGUGCAGUCGAGUACACUUGUUAUGUCCAGCACAUCGUCGGGUACUACGGAAGACACUACAUUGCCUUUGUAUCGACCAAUGGAGAUGAUUGGAUUAAAUAUGAUGAUAACAAAGUCCAGAAUAUCGGAAGCUACAAAAAUUUAGUAAAGUACUUUUGCACAUACAAGAUAAUCCCAUACCUGGUAUUUUACAAAUGAGACAAGGGCUGUGGGUCUGAAUGCUCAGAUAAAGAAGAUUUCAAGAGCUGCUGUUCAACAGAAUUCUUGAAGGCAAACAAACGUUCCUCCAAUUUCUUAGCUAAUGAGAGUACUUAUCAGUUCAUCUCUGAGCAAGAUAGGAAGAUGUCAAAUUUUGCUACAGUUCCAAAAGAGAAAAAGGAUGAUACAAGUUAUUAUGAAGAGGAUCUUGAUACUAUGGAGCAAGGCGGCCUAAGUUAUGCUGGUUAUGAGAAAUUAGAGGAGUACAAGCUCAGGGAUACUAGCAAGUCCUCCAAUAUCCCAGAGAAGUACAAAGCCCAGAAACUAGUUAUGAGUCCAGAAUCAGAGAUAAUUCAAACUUCUUGAGGAAUUAAGAGGGUUUAUGCUAAGUCUCUUCCGAAGCAGAUAGAUAAGAACUGAUCAAGGCAAGAGAAUUAUAUCAAGAUCAAUAAGAUGAGAGGAUCAUCUAGGUUCUAUCAAGAUUUUGAUAAAGACUCUUAUAUUGAGCCUGAAUCUAAGUGGGCUGAACAUCGACUUCAUCGGCAAGAAUCAGAUUUAAUGCUGCCAUUUAAAGGAAUAACCCAUACUGCAGAAAAGGGUCAAAGGAAGCUUAAAAUGUCAGAAAAUAAAUCUGAGCAUUCGGAUAUGAAUGAAAUGUACCAUAGUCUUUCUGACUUGAAGAAAACUCCAAAGGAAAGCCUUUACAAGUCCAGUUUUUCUUUAACAAUUAGUAAAUCUCGGAGGUCACAUAUGAAAUCUUUGACUCAUAGUGAUGAAUUAGGAUGAGGAAGAUGCAAUAUAUUCUAAUUCUU